CACACGCCUGGAGGAGGCUCGCGGGGCCUGGAAGACGCGGCGGACGGCGUUGGAGCAGUGCCUGGUUCGAGAUGGGUUCCCAGGUGUCUGUGGACAUGGGAGCCGUGCGUGUGGUGAUCGUGGGUGGGGGCUUUGGUGGGAUUGCUGCUGCCAGCCAGCUGCAGACUCUGAACAUCCCCUUCGUGCUGGUGGACAUGAAGGACUCCUUCCACCACAACGUGGCAGCCCUGCGGGCCUCCGUGGAAAGUGGGUUUGCCAAAAAGACAUUCAUCUCCUACUCCGUGACCUUUAAGAAGAACUUCCGGCAGGGGCUGGUGGUGGAGAUAGACCUGCAGAAUCAGACAGUGCUGCUCGAGGACGGCGAGGCCCUGCCCUUCUCACAUCUUAUCCUGGCCACUGGCAGCACCGGGCUCUUUCCAGGCAAGUUUAACAAGGUUUCCAGCCGGGAGGCUGCUAUCCAGGCCUACGAGGACAUGGUGAAGCAGGUCCAGCGCUCCCAGUCGGUGGUUGUGGUGGGAGGCGGUUCUGCCGGAGUGGAAAUGGCAGCCGAGGUUAAAACCGAAUUCCCCGAGAAAAACGUCACUCUCAUCCAUGCCCAGGUGGCCCUUGCCGACAAGGAGCUCUUGCCCUGUGUUCGGCAGGAAGCGAAGGAGAUCCUGCUGCAGAAAGGCGUUCAGCUGCUGCUGAGUGAGCGCGUGAGCAACCUGGAGGAUUUGCCUCUGAACGAGUAUCGGGAUUGCAUCCAGGUGCGCACGGACAAAGGCACAGAGGUGGCCACCAACUUGGUGAUCGUCUGCAACGGUAUUAAGAUCAACAGCUCGGCCUACCACAGUGCGUUCGAGAGUCACCUGGCCAGCAACGGCGCUCUGCGAGUGAACGAGCAUCUCCAGGUGGAAGGCUGCAGCCGCAUCUAUGCCAUUGGCGACUGUGCCGAUGUGAAGGAGCCCAAGAUGGCGUAUCAUGCCGGCCUCCAUGCCAGCGUGGCUGUGGCCAACAUUGUCAGCUCCAUGAAACAGAGGCCCCUUAAGGCCUACAAGCCAGGGGCACUGACGUUCCUUUUGGCCAUGGGGAGAAACGAUGGUGUGGGCCAGAUCAGUGGCUUCUACGUGGGGCGACUCAUGGUUCGGCUGGCCAAGAGCCGGGACCUGUUCGUCUCCUCCAGCUGGAAGACCAUGCGGCAGUCUCCACCUUGAGCCGGAGCAGGGUGGGAGAUGAGGUCAGUUCCAUUUGUUCUCUAGGCCUACGUGAGACCUGUGCCUCUCUCCCGUAGGAUGGCUGCCCACCGGAGGCUUCGCCUAGGACUACCUUCCUGUGGACCAAGGCCAAGCAGGCUCCUCUUGCCCAGACCAGUCCGUGCUGUCUGCCCUGGGGUCUGGCAGGGUGGGCGUCUCAGCCUGUGCGUGACAGGCUUGUUCUAUUUAUAACAUUUUACAAGUGUCCACCCAUGGGGACACAGUUUUCUAAACUGAGGAAAAUGUUGCAAUAAAAGAUUAUGUUGUAAGAAAGACA